AGCAACUUGAAGUUCCGGCUUGAAGGAGUUUUGCCUGCAAAAUCUGUUUCGGCGCGAGUCCCCAAGGCGUUUGACCCAGCCCUGUACACCUCCAUCUGACGACAACAUACCGUGGGGAUGGCUCCUAAGAAAGACGACAAGAAAGGCGGCAAGGGGGCAGAAGCUGACUCCUUCAGCAGCUAUGCUCCGCGGGAGCCUCUCCCGCCACCGCCGGCCCCUGCGGCCACAGAUUUCCCUGCACCACAGCAGCCGAAGCACGUGCCCCAAAUGUUCCCUGCCUUCAGUGCAGAAGACAUGCAGGUACUUAAGGGAGGGCCGCGGCGAAUGUGGAUGGUGUUGUGCAUGGGUGUGUAUGUGAGUGAUGUCAGGGUGAGGUGUGGCUGCCCGACGAGGUGGACAACCGUUUUGUGGACAUCUCUUUCAACCGCUCGCUGCUGCCCAAGAGUGUCGCCUCUCGCGUCAAGGGCUGGAAGAGGGCAUACGACCUCCCUGAUCUUGAGAAGCCCUUCGAGCCUGAGCCACCGCUGCCAGGUGAAAGAAAGGAACACAGAUCCUGCGUGUGUCCAUAUGUGUGUGUGUGUAUGUGUGUGUGUGUGUGUUGUGUGUGACAGAGGUGGAAGAGGAGACGGCCAAGCCGGCCGAUGCGAAAGGCAAGAAGGCCGGCAAGGACGACAAAAAGAAGGACGACAAAGCCGCGGCCAAGAAGGGCGCCCCGACGUCCACCAAGCCCGUCGAUGAGGUCUUCGCGUCGGUCCUGCAGCAACUGCAGGCGGCCUCCGAUGAUCGGUGCUGCGUGCUGCCCCGGGCGGACUGGUGCUGUCGGUAUGCGGGCCUGGGUGAGGACGAGAGGGACGUCGAAUGGGCACAGUGGGUGGCGUCUCUCUACCGGAUGAUCGCAAACCACCCACGAUUCUUCGCCAAGGUAGAUAGAGUGGAUUGAGGCAUGCCAAACCACACCAGGCCACAGCACACUGAGGGUAGGGUGUGUGUCCAUACGUAUGUCGUUGUGCAGGGGACGUUCCUGUAUGAGUGUCUGUAUCCGCAAGACUCCCGCGGGCUGCCGCUGGUCAACCCCAACGGCCGAUACCUCAUGCGCCUCUUCAUCCACAGUGCCUGGCGCGUCGUGGAGUUCGACGACGUCAUCCCGCUGGACCAUGCUGGUGUGCCACUCCUGCCCAAAGCAGACAACCCACGGCACCUCUGGCCCCUCCUACUCACAAAGGUGGGUAGGUGUGUGUGUGUGUGUGUGUGUGUGUGGCCGUGAGACACCUGUGUGAGUGUGUUUGUUCGUUGUGUGACAUCAGGGGCUGCUCAAGGCGUUUCAGCCCGAGUUGGCUGCGGGUGUGCAGCAGCUGCCCAUUGUGGAGGCCCUCACAGGCUGGCUCCCACACAGGACAACACGUACCAUCUCACCUCUCCCCAGACCCAAUAUAUAACCGCCCGAUCUCCCUUUUCGCAGUGUCUUGGUCGUCUCUGGAGCGGUGUGUGCAUCGGAACGUGAUGGUGUCCCUGAGCCUCAAGUCGGAUGCAGCGGCGGCCAACGCCCGUCGACGGCCGACCACAUCGCCCUCCCCUGCUGCACAGGAGGACGGCAGUGUCAGCAGCACCGCCAAGCCAAAGAAGAGGGCGAGCAAGAGAAAGGUACAGAACAGAGGGAGCGAGGGAUCGGACAGACAUCAAAUGGGUGGCAUGCUUGGUGUCUCUCGGUCUGUGUGUCGGCUUGCAGGCUGCCGAGGAAGCGAAGGAAGCCAAGAGGGUACCUACCAUACAAUACACACAAAGGCGCCAGCGGACUUUUCCUUCCGCGGUUGCCUGUGAGUGAGUGCUUUCUCUGUCUUGUUCUUCUCAGCCUGACACGGGGGUGCGUGAAGCCCCUGCAUUGCCCGAGACCAUCGUGUGUGCCUGGCAGUCAUACCUCCUAUGCGAGAUGGCCGAUGAGCCCAGACAGGUAGGUAGGUAGGUAGGUACACAGCCGCCCACACUCAGCUAGCUAACCAGACAGACGCUCACACCGGUGGGUGAACUGUGCAGGUGCGUGUCAAGUGCGGAUCGAUGCGGCCGCUGGGAUCGCUGCGGCGGCGUAGACGGCUGGACUCUGAGUAUUCUGUGGAGGAUGACCACACGCCAAAGACCUUCCCAAACGACACACAAGGCGCGUUCGACCCACUGCUCGCUGGACAGCAGCAGUGAGUCACAAACACACACACAACACAACCACACGACCGACCCUCUCUCUCCCCUCUGUCUCUCUGUCUUCGCAAAGGCUCAGUCAGCGUGUGCUGCUUUCCCCCUCCCCCUCACCCCCACCGCUGCCUCCGCCCCCCGGGCCCAAGACGACAGACGACGGCCAGGAAGCGCCGCCCACUCAGCAAGAGAUCGACGACAGAAUGAAUGACUUCUACGGAGAGCUGGCCAAGAAGUGGCAGCCCGCCAGCGAUCGUCCGCUGCCCAUCCCGCCCGAUGGCGUCACAUACGAUGGCGGCUGCUGGGUCUUGUGGGAGGACCUGCUCUCCCUCGCUGGCACAUCGAUGGUGCAGUAUUUCCUCCCGCAGGACUACUUCCAUGUGGCGCAUUUCGACGGUGCGUGGGAGAGGCGGGACGAGCCGUUCAAGCUGCCGGUGCCGCAUGUGUGUGUGCUGACUCUCGCCCCUCCCCCGCCCCCUCCUGAGCCGCCCAGAGGCAAGGGCAAUCGGAUGGCACGAACAGGGUAACAACAAACAGACCACAGACACAGGACAGGGGCUUGUCGUGUGUCACUAAUUGAUGUGUCUCCUGCCUGCACCCAUGCUGUCUGUCAGAACAAGGUCUCGUGUCGAAGCGAGGCGCAGCAGCACCGGUGCGAGCAUGCCGCCAGAGACCACCAGGCCGCCCGUGGAUGAGAUCCCGCGGCUGCCUACUAUAUUCCAAUUCACGCCCCUCCUCCCCCUGCCGCCACGCACAGCAGCACCACCCGCCCCCCAGCAGCCACCAGAAGGAGCCGACCAGCAGCAGGACCAAGAGCAGCAGCAGCAGCAGCCGGCCUCUCCCCGCCCCCCGCCCCCUCCCUCCCCCCCUCUGCUCGACGAAGGCGAAGAUGCCGAGUCAUUCUUCUUUGCCGCACACACACAGACAGGGGAGCUGCCCCCCUCAUGCGUCAUCCAGGGGGUCACCGCUCUGCUGGGUGACGACAAGGACACGGACCACCCCACAGUUGCGCUGCAUCACGCGCACAAGAUGAUGCAACGGUCGCGCACCACCACGGCAGCCACGCCCAAGGCCAGCCAGAGCCAUGUGGGCAGCAGCAGUGGUGGCGGAGUGUCUAGUGGCGGGUCUGCUGUGUGGGAACAGGUGGACGGGGCGGGGGGCUGCUGGCUCAGAGGGGCGGGGGGAGACACCGCCGCUAUGAGACUGCCUUUCGGAAAGUAUGUAUGUCGAUCAGAGAGAGAGGGAGAGAGAGAGAGAAGAGGGAAGCUCAUUCUUGUCUUGCAGGCAUUUGUUUCUGAUAUCGAUGGAGGCGUGGACGGGCGGUGGGCGGCUACGCGUGGCUGCCCCCAAGGUCGGCAUGGGGGAGGCGACGGGAGCACAGAUCAUGCCCCUGAGCGAGUAUCUCAGCGCCAGCGGCCAUCUGCAAGUAGGCCGCCGGACAGCCAUCCAUCCAUGGAAUCAGAGAGAGGCAUCUGUGUACCAUCUUUCUUUCUGUGGGUGCAGACAGUGUCUGAGAGUGGUAGUAUCCCCAGCCCCAGCAACCGAUACGCCAUCUGGAGCAAGCUCGUUCUUUCCCUCCCCGAGAGCCCUCCUCGUGACCUCCUCCUCUCUCUGCAGCUGCCACCCUCCCCUCCCGUCAUCCACCCACACCUUUCGCUGUCGAUAGCCCCCCUCCCCGCACCGAAACAGACCACAGAAAGAGAGGCGCCCAAUGCCACAGCUGCCAGCCCCCCUGCACCAGCAGCACCAGCAUCGCCCGGCCCACCUGUGUACCAGCAGCCAAUCGACCCGCCAUCUCCUCUGCCGUCAGAGUUCGUGUCUCUCCCUCCCCUGCCCCUUACACACAUCCCGCCGUCGAUGAUUGUGGCUCCGUCACGACAGCUGCUGAUCCUCCUGGAGGGCAAUCUUCGCGAGCUCUGUCAGCCGGCCCCAUUCGCCGCGGCAGUGGUUGGCAAGGGGGGAUGCGCGAGACAAAGUGAGGCGGCCGGAGAGGGGAGGGAGGGCGAGGCGGCGAACAACAACCAGCUGGAUCUCAAGGCUGUGAGCCUGCCAUUUGACACCACCUGGGAGGGUGAGAUGCGCAGCAGCGAGCACAACAGGGUGCUGCGGGAGAGGCUCACCGUCACGGGUGACAACGCCACAACCGCCACCCUUCGCCUGACCACCCAGUUCCCAGACGAGAGAGACACGUACCUGCUCCUGUCCAUACUCAUCCCCCGCCCGGCCCCCACUCUCGCACCUCCCCGCGCCCCUCCUUGCAAGGAAGAGCAAAAGACAGAGGGCGAGACAGCAGCGCCCCCACCAGGACCACCACCACCACCACCAGCGGCGGCCAUUGAGAAACCCGGUGAGGUCGCUCCUGGUGGUGGGGUGAGUGUCCCGCCACUGCUGCCAGUGUGUGAGGAGGUGUUGCGAGAGGAGGGGAGGAGGGAGGUCUGCAUCAGACACAUCAGCCUGCUGCCGAAGGUACUUACGUAGCCGUAUAGGGGUACAGCCACCCACAGCGCAGGAGCGACGCGUGUGUGGCUGUUGUGGCUGGUGUGGAUGGAUGGUUUCAGGUGCCCUACAUAUUGGAGUGUGUGGUGGAUCCCUUCAGAGGCUCCACCGACCUCACCGGCGGCAGGUGGCGCAUGCAACUCAUCGCAACAGACACACUCGAGCUCGGAAGGGACACCACACAGGUAAGUCAGCGGCUACUCCCACACAUACACACACACGCUGAUGCACAUCCCUCCUGCACACACACACGACACGGCGCCGCAGGAUGACGUGGAGCGUGCGGUGCGGUCCAGCUGGGCGUCAGCCAAACCUGAGCGGCCGACACAAGCCAAGGAAACACGACACAAGUACCUGGUGGCCAGACAGGCGGAGACCACCGCCACUGCCGCUGAUGCCACAGGUGGUGAGGAGGGGCAGAAGGAGCGGCUUCCCGACCCACCUGCACCCACAUUGGCUGAAUUCAGGUCACCACACGUAGCGAGAGAAAAGUGGCACUCAGAGUGCUCUGUUUGUUUGAGCCAUCUCCCUCCCUCUCUGUUGCUUCGGUCUUGCAUUCUGUUUAUUCAGAGAGAUGCUGGUGUGGCGGCUGCAGCUGACGGAGAGAGAGGCUUUUGAUGCACUGACAGGGGUGGGGGCGGAGGCUGAUCAGCCACCCCUCACAAAGGAGGCCUUCACAAACCACCCCCUCCUGCGCCAACGACUGAGUACUGUAAAAGUUCGAUCAACCAACUAUCCACACAUGACACGACCUUCAUGUAGAAUUGCCGUCUGUCUGCAGAGCUCACCUCCUCCCAGUGUGCGGCCGUCUUUGACCUCCUCGACCCCCAGGCCACGUCCGGCAUCACCCGACAGCACUUCAUCACCUCCCUCACACCCCCACCCUCCCCAGCAAUCAAGGCGCUCAUCGACGCACAGGCAGCGGCAGCAGCAGCAGGGGGGGCGGGCAAAGACGCCAAGAAGGCGCCCCCGCCGAAGGACCAGGGCAAAAAGGGCAAAGAGGGUGCAGACAAGGGAGACGAAAAAGGGACGACGGAAGCGGUGGCGCCGUCGGGGCUGAAGCGGCCGAUGAGAGACCAGGACUACGUCAGUGCCGCGUAGGCGAGACACACACACACACACACACCACUUUGUCAAUUUGGGUGUCUCUCUGUGUGUGUGUGUGUGUGUCAGUUUGUGUGCGUUUGUGCGUGACGCCGUCCGGUCAGAGGAGGACCGUCUCGUCACCGUCGAGGGCACUUCGCGGCUGCUCGACCUCAGAGACGGUACAGACGCACCGCACAUCUACAUGCACACACACAUAUCGGGCAUUUCUGUGUGCUGUCGCAUCAAGACAUGCUGCUGCGGUCCCACGAGCUCACCCAGUGGCUGCAGCAGGAGAAGGCAAGCCGUGAACAAACGGUGGCCGAGCGGCAGCAGCUGUUCGACAGCGUCAAAGAGGUCCGUCCACCCACCUCUACUGCUUCGCAUCACAUGUGCGUGUGUGUGUGUAUGUAUCUGUCAGUUGACGGAGCGCUGCCGGCUCAGCCGGUCGAAGGAUCCCGGCCCGCCUCUCACCUUCGCACCCCAACGGCAAAACCUUCAGUAGCCUCACACACACACACACACACGCACACACCCACACACACACACACGAGACACAGUGGGAGAAACGAGAAACCUCUCUGUGUGUCUUGUUCGUUCAGGAAGCGCGUAUUCGACCGGCGAGGCCGCCUCACAAAGCUCAAGGAAACCAUUGAGGUGCUCAUGGAGCGACGGACGGAUGGAUGGGCGCGGCGCACCCAAGUCCACACGCCAGCACACUGUGUCUGUCGGUGUGUCUGUCUGUCUGUCUGUGUGCAGGAGGGCCAGCUCGUGCUGGACACGCUUGAGCCCCUGAUGAAAGAGGCACAGGAGUCGGAGGGGCACUACUUCGACAAGGCACUUAUGGAGGUGGCCGAGAGGCGCCUGCGCAUCCUCCAAAUCACGCACCGGUCCGUCCGUCUGUGUGCCCGCCUGUCCACACAAAUGAGUACGCCGCGUUAAACUUACUGUGUCCGCAGGUGUGGUGAGCUGGUGGAUUCUGCGGCCAAGACGGCGGCUGAGAAUGAGGCCUUGAAGGAACAGGCGCAGAGAGACGCUGGUGCACAAGGAGGUAAGUGAAGUGCAACCCUCCCCUCCCUCCCUGAACCUCCAACAUAAUGUAUGUCUACCCCACUGAACACUCCUGCUGAGUGCAGAGGAGGGCAUCCCGCAGCCCCCGCAGCCCAGGCCCCUGCUGGACCAGGAGGAGACACGCGAGCUGAGAUCCCUCAACAAGGAGAUAGACGCAUUGCUGGACACCGAGGGCAUCACAGUGGCCAUAGAGGGGGCUGGUGGUGAGGGGGGUGAGGCCACUGCCGCUGCCGGUGCCGCUGCUGCAGCUGGCGCAUGCAAGUGGCGGCUGAGCGAGGAGCAGCUCGUUGUGCUGAGGAAGGCGCGAGAGUUGGCCAUGAGCAAGAAGCAGAAACGGGCGACGCAGCCUGUGGUGGCUGCCUGAACGAACGACUCGACUGACUGACUGACUUGUGUCUGCGCGUCAGUUGGUGACGGGGUGACAGUUGAGCGAUGGAUGCGAUGCAUCUGUGUAGGUGUGUGUGGCAAAGGCGUGUCAGACACGGGCCAGGUGUG